AUCGGAUCUCUGUCAGUGCCCAACUCCAAAAAUUUCCACCUGUCCUAUCAAAGCUCCGUUGUGGUUCGCCUCUUCCUUAACCAUCAUGUUUCGCACACCGUUACGUUCGAUGGCCACGCUCGCCAGGAAGAAUCUUACCAUUGGUCUCAUCCCUGCCGAUGGUAUUGGCCAUGAAGUUAUCCCAGCUGCAAGAACUGCAAUUGAAGCAGUUGGAUCUGACAUUCCUUCACCUAAAUUCAUUGAUUUGGCCGCUGGAUUCGAGACCUUUACCCGAACAGGCACUGCCCUACCUCCCGAAACUGUAGAGACUCUUAAGGAAGAAUGCGACUGCGCUCUUUUCGGAUCCGUCAGUUCUCCUUCGCGAAAGGUUGUAGGGUAUUCAUCACCUAUUGUUGCGCUCCGCAAAAUCUUGGAUCUUUACGCCAACAUACGGCCCGUUGUUUCUGUGUCCCCCGUUGUCGGUGUCCCUCCCGACAUUGACCUAGUAGUAGUGAGGGAGAACACAGAAUGUCUAGUACGUUCCAUUCCGCCAGGUCUACCACAAUUUCGCCGACGGUUGCGACAAUUCUUGCAGUACAUCAAGCAAGAAGAACUCCAAGUCACUGAACAAGGGAAAGAGGCCCGCGCAACACGGCUGAUUACUGAGCGUGCAUCAAGACGUAUCGGUCAGAUGGCCUUUGAAAUCGCGCUGAAUCGCCCACGCCAGCAUCUUACAGUGAUACAUAAGUCAAAUGUUUUGUCUGUCACUGAUGGCCUCUUCCGGGAAACCGUUCGCGCCGUCCCAGAUCUUGAACCGAAGUAUCAAAAGGUGACUGUCAUGGAACAAUUAGUUGAUAGCGCAGUCUAUCGUCUAUUCCGUGAACCCAAAGUCUUUGAUGUCAUGGUCGCGCCGAAUCUAUAUGGCGAUAUUCUCUCGGACGCCGCUGCUGCACUUGUGGGGUCUCUGGGUGUCGUUCCUUCCGUCAACGCUGGCGACAGCUUUGUGAUGGGCGAACCUGUGCACGGGUCUGCUCCCGAUAUUGCAGGCCAAGGCAUUGCCAACCCUGUCGCCUCCAUUCGCUCGGCCGCUCUCAUGCUUCGUCACCUUGGUUACAUCAAAGCCGCCGAUCGAAUUGACAUUGCAGUGGAUUCCGUCCUUCGUGAGGCCGCUUACCUAACACCAGAUUUGGGCGGGACUGCUAGGACUGAAGACGUGGUCAAUGAAAUCGUCAAGCGGAUCUGAGGUUCUGUUUUCGUUCUCUUGAUUAAACGUACAGUAAUCUAAUGAA